AUGACAACAUGUCUAAAUAGAUCGAUAAACGUUACUAUUACUUCCAUUGAUCAAUUUAAAAAUCAUUUUUUACUCAUUUUAAUAAAUCGAAUCGCUGCUGCUGAGGGUUGCGAACAAAAGAGUUUAAAAACCCCUCAUAAUUAUAUUUCAUCAACAUCUAUCUAUUAUACAUCAUCUCGUUUAUUACAUACAAUUCGAAUAGUUAACCAAUCAUCAUCAUCAUCAAAAGACUGGAAAGCAUCACUAAACAAUCAAAAGAUAAUAAGAAAUCAAUUUCAACCCUAUCUAUCUAUCUAUUUAUCACAACAACCAAUCAUUAUGACUUCAGAUCAUCAUCAUUGUCAAUCAUCAUCAUCAUCAUCAUAUUAUUAA